AUGUCGUCGUCCUACCCGCCGAGCCUGACACGCCCGCCUCCGCCGACGCCCAACACAAUUCUCCUCUUCCCCCACCCGGCGGUGCUGGUUCUCGUGCUCAACAACCCGCGCGGGCUCAACUGCCUCUCGACGUCGACGCACUGGGCCUUGCACGCACUGUUGGAGUGGUACGACGACGAGGCGUCGCUGCGCUGCUGCGUGGUGACGGGCAUGGGGCGGGCGUUCUGCGCGGGCGCCGAUUUGAAGGAGUGGAACGAGGCCAAUGCGCGCAGGGAGCGCGGAGAAUCUGGCCAGCGUGUUGUGCCUAGCAGUGGCUUCGGUGCCAUCAGUCGCAGAGCGGGCAAGAAGCCCGUCAUCGGCGCCGUCAACGGCCUUGCGUUCGGUGGCGGCAUGGAGAUGGUGGCGAACAUGGACCUCGUCGUCGCUGCCAAAUCGGCCCUGUUCGCCCUGCCCGAGGUCAAGAGGGGCGUCGUCGCCACCGCGGGCGCAUUGCCUAGAAUCGUGCGUACCAUCGGACGGCCUAGGGCCAUGGAGAUGGCCUUGACAGGACGCACCGUGUCCGCGCCCGAGGCCAGGGAAUGGGGUUUGGUCAAUGCCGUGACUGAGGAUGCCCCCGUCGACGCCGGCAUCUUGGACAGGCCUGUCGUGAAGAAGGCGCUAGAGUAUGCUGAAGAGAUAUGCGGCAAUAGCCCCGACAGUGUCAUCAUUAGCCGGGCUGGGGUCAUCCAGGGCUGGGAAGACGGAAGUGCCGAACACGCCACCCAGAACGUCGUCGAGAUCUACUCAAAGAGGCUGAACGAGGGAGAAAACAUUCGCGAAGGGGUCAGAGCUUUUGUGGAGAAGCGAGCUCCAAGAUGGGUUCCCAGUAAAUUGUAG